UCGAAAAGGUAUAAAAUGCAGAGGCCCACUGUGUUGUCUGCAUCAUUCAACCAUCGUCUAACAAACAGAAAAAUCAACAACAACAACAACAUCAUGAGUCGUUCAAGUUUGUUGAGCGUGUGUCUGGUGCUGGGCGUGUUGGCCGCCGUAGCAAACGCCGAGUCCGCCGCAGUGGCGAGCGCACCCCGUGACAAACGGCAGAUUCUCGGCGCUAUUCUUGGCAGUCUGUUGGGAGGAGGAGGACACGGUCACGGCGGACAUGGCGGUGAACAUCACAGCGGGGGACACGGGUAUGAAGGUGGUCACGGAGGUGGUCAUGGGUAUGAAGGUGGACAUGGGCACGGAGGAUAUGGUGGACAUGGUCACGGAGGUGGUCAUGGGUAUGAAGGUGGACAUGGGCACGGAGGAUAUGGUGGACACGGUGGACACUAUGGUGGAUACAACCAAGGAUACUACGGCGGCGGACAUCAUCAUCACUAAUCAUCACUCACACGAAAUCCCAUUAAUUCCUGUUCAAAAUUCCCAUUUCAUUUUCCCCAUAGUCGCCAAUUAUGACUUUAUUCGCCUGUCCCGUUUCUACUCAGCACAAUUUCACCGCAAUGUGAUACCGAACGCGACAAUUUCUGAUAUUCAAAACUAUGCAAACGCACAUUGACCAAAUAAAUCAAAACAUUAUCACGUU